AUGGGAUAUACCGAUUGGCAGAUUUUCCUGGACAGAAGCAGUUGGGAGGAAUCAAUAUAUUGCUACACUCCACACAACUUCACACGAGAUCAGGCCUUAUAUGCCAGGGGCUACUGCUGGACAGAGCUGCGGGAUGCAGUGCCUGGUGUUGACCCUGAACUCCGGCCCUCCCUGUUCGAGCACAAGUUUCUGCCUUAUGCUCUGCUGGCCUUCGCAGGCAUAAUGUACAUACCUGCCCUUGGAUGGGAGUUCCUGGCCUCCACUCGCCUCACCUCUGAGCUCAACUUUCUCCUUCAAGAGAUUGAUAACUGCUACCACAGGGCAGCCGAGGGCCGAGCACCCAAGAUUGAGAAGCAGAUCCAGUCCAAAGGGCCAGGGAUUACAGAACGCGAACGACGGGAGAUCAUCGAGAAUGCUGAGAAGGAGAAGAGCCCUGAGCAGAACCUGUUUGAAAAGUAUCUAGAACGGCGAGGGCAGAAUAAUUUUCUGGCUAAGCUGUACCUGGCGCGGCAUUUAGCCAUCAUCUGCCUCAGCUCAAUCCCCAUAACUUACCUGAGUAUUUACUAUGCCCGUCAGAGGCAGAAUGAGUUCACAUGUGCCCUGGGUGAGCCGCCAGACACUAGCAGCAUUCCUGAACUCCGGUUGAGUGUUAAUUGCAAGCUGCCAGCCGUGCAGCUCCAGCGCAUUAUGGCUGCAGUGGAUAUUGCCUUGCUCUGUACUAUGAACCUCAUUAUCCUUUUGAACUUACUUCAUUUGUUUGUGGUGCGCAAGUCCAACUUUGUAUUCGACAAGCUGCACAAAGUAGGCAUUAAAACACGCAGGCGCUGGCAGAAGUCACAGUUUUGUGACAUCAAUAUUCUGGCCAUGUUCUGUAAUGAGAACAGAGACCACAUUAAGUCUCUCAAUAGACUGGAUUUCAUCACUAAUGAGAGUGACCUUAUGUAUGAUAAUGUGGUGCGGCAGCUGUUGGCAGCAUUAGCUCAGUCCAACCACGAUGCCACUCCGACAGUGAGAGACUCUGGUAUCCAGACUGUUGACCCCAGUAUGGACCCUUCUGUACUUGGAGAGCUGGGUGGAGAGCCCUCAGUUAUCAAAAGACCCCGUAAGAAGAUCAAAUGGAUCCCUACAUCUAAUCCUUUGCCACAGUCAUUUAAAGAACCCCUCACUCUUACCAGAUUGGAAAAUAGUAUAAAAGCAGAAAAACCUAAACCAGUGCGGAGGAAGACUGAAAGCAUUAUUGCUCCAAUUCUGGACAGUAAGAGCACACAAUAUCCUCCUACUAACAAAGCUGCAGAAACAUAUAAUAUAGAGAAAAAACACACCCUUAAUCUCACACUGGAUGUUCAUCCUUACAUGCUAACCAUCCAGAAAGCAAAAGCAGAAACGGUGAACCCAGAGCCACCACCUGUUGAGCACUCUCUCAAUAAUGUGUACAUUGAGGGCCCACAUACAGUUGUCCAUGUCUCCUCUUCUCUAACUGAGAAUAAAGAGUCUCCUCCACUGUCCACCACCGCCUUCUCCACUGCCACACUCUCCACAACAUCCUAUAUGAAUGGUGGUACAACCAACCUGACACCUCUGGACUCCCCAAAGGUCAAGAAUCCACUCAAUCAGGGGGACGAACCUGAGAGCCAACCUGGGCCUUUUAGCAGAAACCCCUCACACCCAAUGCUGAGCAUCCAUCACUCCUUGUAUGAGGAAGAGGAGGAGCAAAGCAGAAGGGACAGACUAGCCAGACCUGGUGAACUGAUUGCUGCUGGAGAGUGCUGAAGUCAAAUCAGAUAAACGUGCAAACUCACACACAAAUGCAAUAGCACUGAGAAUAUGAUUGAAAGCACAAAGGAAUGUGCAGGUUUUUAGGGUGAUAUUUUUGUCUCUCUCAUUAUGGGUGGAUCUCAGAUUAAUUCAUUUUCAGUGAUGAUGAUUAUGGGACAUUGGGGCAGGUUGAGAAGUUAUACAGGUUUAUAUUUACAAUUUAAAGUGACAAUAUGGCUGCAUUUACCCUGCAAGGCUUAAAGUCGGCAUGAAAUGGAAGUUGCGACCGACUUUACUUCCGUAUUUCUGAGUGAAACAGCUUAUCGAACAAGAAAUAAAAUGUCAGGUAGGAUUUGAGUUUAUUCAUUGGUUGUUGAAUGGAUUGUGAAAACAUGGGCGUUGCAUAGCAGAACGGAGGCAGAUCUGAAUGCGAGUUUGCAGUGGACACACACACCGCUUCCAUCGUGCUGUUCGAGUCAGAGCCAGUUAUAGGUGAAACUGUGCAGCGAUCUCAACAAAUUUAUGAUCAAACUGACAACAUGAAUGCACAAGCACAUCGUGUUCUUUGCUUUCGAAGAGGCUGUAGCUGAUGAAAAACAAGCGAGUAAAAGAUAACCACAUUUUAACGUUUUGAAUCACAAUACACAAAAUAUAACAGAAAGAAAAAACGUUAUUCCUCCUCAGUCGAAAUGUAAAUUCAAGCCAGCUGACCCGUAACCAAGUUUGGGUUAAGGAAUGAUAGUUUUGAAGGAAAACAGACAAAAAUACACCUUGCCAUCUUCACCAACAUGCGAUUGAUGUUUUUUUCACCUCUACACAAGGUUGUGGUUUUUAUAAGAAAGGGGCAGGGUUUAAGCGGACUAAAUGAUUGGAGAAGUCCUGCAUACGUCACCAGAGAGAAGUCUGUUGUUUCACUUGAAAAUCGAGUUAUGACAUUUUGAUUAAAGAUUACAAGGUAAAAAAAUUUAAUGCAUGGAUGAAAUGUUCACCGUAAGAUGAUGGGGCCGUGGCCGAGCAACGUCUGUGGAGAGUGAGGCUGGGAGAAGAACGGUAAGGAUUGACACAUGUGGGAAAUUAAUUCUAACAGCUGUUUUGUGUUGCAGUGAGAGCUGCACAGAUAAAAGGGCAAUCCAACCUGCCGAAGGAGACAGAGACGCACACAGCAGAGUGUUCUGUGUGUUUUUGUUAUGCUGAAAAGCAAACCCUUGUGUGUCACUGAAAAGUGGAGAAAUAAAAUUCUUACCUUGGAUGUUUAUCUGGAUCCCGGUUCCUCAUUAAUAAAGAACGCUAGAGAUGUAUCCCAAAGAUCAAUAACAUGCAUUUAGAAAAUAGAUAGGGUGAAUUUUUAUUUUAUGCCGACUUUUUUGAACAGUUCCAGUCUUUUGACCAUAUCCAAUUUUUUUGUCUUGUCUGUUAAAAUUCACUUAAGUAAUAACCAACAUGUAUUUAUAUUAAUUACCUGCCAAGCCACAAUAGGCUGUUAGUCAGCACUAUUUAGCAUUGUUAGAACUAUCAACCGCAAAAAACAUGCUAUAAUUUUACUUUCAAAAUUUUCUUGGAAUAUCGAUAACCUUACAAGAAUACAGUUAAUUCUUCAAAGACAACUCUCCAAAUUCUCACACAAGAAUUCCCAUGCAUGCAUUCACUAACCUUACCUUUAACAGAGAGUGAUUUAAUUAAAGAGCCCGUCUGUCACGCCAUUAUACGCGCAACACAGAUUAAGGUAAUUUUCCAAAUGACCUUAAUUACAAGCCUUUAUUAAAAAAUAAAUAAAAUUCAAAAAAAAGAUUAAAUGCUCAGUAAAGUUCAUUUAUUCAGAAUAUUCCUGUACACGUUUCGGAUAAACGAAAACAUGCUUGUUCUUUUACCGCUAUUCUCUUCUGCAAAUACUGCGGCUUGCAUUACACUGCAUUUUGCUAAAUCUGCACAUUUAAUUCAAACUAAUAAUUUUCAUUGAUAUCCUUUAAAUUAUGUUAAAAUGUGUACUCACAUAAUUAGACUUAAGUGUAUCAUAAAGCUUUCACCUGUUUGUGUACUGAUUUAUGCUCUUUUUGUAGCUAAUGUUUGUCUCCUUGCAGUUAAAUGAGUGCUUGAAACUUCAUAAUUGAUUGACAUCUUAUAAAUCCAAAAUAACUUUGUUAUAUACACUCACUGAGCACUUUAUCAGGAACACAAUGGUCCUAAUAAAGUUACAGGUGUGGUCCUCUACUGUUGUAGCCCAUCCGCCUCAAGGUUUGACAUGUAGUGCAUUCUGAGAUGCUAUUCUGCUCACUAGAAUUAUACAGAGUGGUUAUUUGAGUUACUGUAGCCUUCCUGUCAGCUCGAACCAGUCUGGCCAUUGUCCUUUGACCUCUCUCAUCAACAAGGCAUUUCCGGCCACAGAACUGCCACUCACUGGAUGUUUUUUUGCUUUUGGCACAAUUCAGAGUAAACUCUAGAGACUGUUGUGUAUGAAAAUCCCAGAUCCGCAAUUACAGAAAUGCUCAGCCCAGACCGUCUGGCACCAACAAUCUUGCACAUUUUUCCCCAUUCUAAUGGUUGAUGUGAACAUUAACUGAAGCUCCUGACCUGUAUCUGAAUGAUUUUAUGCAUUGCUCUGCUGCCACACAAUUAGCUGAUUAGAUAAUCGCAUGAACAUGUAGGUUUACAGGUUUUCCUAAUAAAGUGCUCAGUGAGUGUAUGUAAAGACAAAUUGAAAUUAUGUUUCAGCAGACAAUAAUGUCAGAAAAACAAGGAGAAUCAGGUGCAAAUGUUUAGACAUAGGUCAGAUGUGCAUAUAUUGCGUAUCUGAUUUUAAAACCACAUAACCACAACCUCAUGAAAAAAUCUGAUCCAUGUGUUUUUGUUUUAUGUUUACAUGAGUGCAACAAUAUCCAAUCUGUGUCAGUUGUGAAUUUAAAAAAAUCUGAUUUUUUGUUACAGUGUAAAUGCAGCCUAUGUUGUGCUUUGGGGGUCAAGGGUUUGGCUGGUUAGUUUCAGUAGUUAGCUCCAAUUAGCUGCAGGUAGAUGCCACAAUUACACCAUUAUGCAUAUGUUUCUCCAUAGACCUUAAUUAGGGUAGUAAACAAUCAUAUCGAAUUUUGUGUGGAUGUAAAUGAGGCUGUGAUGUAUAGAUAGAUACAGUCUGUAUCAUACAAAUAAUUUAUGGAUGGAUGACACCCAAAGAGGGGACACACCCAAGACCUUGGUGCUCACCAUAUGGUCUAGAGAGUCCCCAAUUAAUAACAUUUGUAACAUGUUAUUUAUUAAUAGCAUUCUUAUAACAUUAUAGGAACCUUUUUAUAACAUUAACAAUAUUCUAAUAACACUUCAAAUGAAGGCAGAGGCACAUCAAAGUUUUGCACAAGCACGAUUUGUUCAUUUUUGACAUUAAAUUCAAUCCAGUUUCAUGUACUUUCACACAGCACAUUUUUCACAAAUGUAGAGGUAUCCAACGCAAUAUACUGUAUGUAUUCUUAAAAUAUGCAACCUUGUUUUAUUAUUGUUGCAAUAAUAUGCAGACUUGGAAUGUAUAUACUGAGCUGUAUAGAAAAAAGUAGUUUUUACAAUUAUGUGAAAUAUUUUAGGAAUUUUCCUUGUUAGAAAAUGAUCAUCACUAAUUUACAAAACACAUGGCUUGUUUCUCCACACACCUUUGGUGCACUUAUUUAAUGGAACUGAAUCACUGUGUUAAAGGGUCAAAGUGUUUAAUGACAUUAAAUACUAGAUAGUCUGAAAACAAAUGGAUCCUUAUACCAGCUUUUUUGAACUGACAGGGUUGUUUAGCAAAGUUCUGUUUGAGCGUUUCAAAUUGAAGAGGAAACAAUGCUUUUGAUAGUCACGAUUGCAUGAACCACAUCUCGCGUAUAUUGUCAUUCUACCAUUGUAAAUCCGAUCAAAACAUUUCACAUUCACUGAUGCACCUUGUGGUGAUGCAAGUAUAAGGAAUAGCCUGCUAAAAACACCCUUAUUACACACUGAUUGUGUGGAUACAAAAAGCACACCAGAACUGACAACAAUUAGAAUCCCAGCGCACAUACUGUAUAACCACAUGGCAUGAGAUUGAUAUUGUGAAAAUAACUAUUGCAGCUCGCGGUAUUUCUUGCACAUACCAUGAUCAGAGUGCAAUACUUAUGUAGUGAUUUUAUGAUAAAAGGAACACAGAUCAUGAAUGAUAAUACCAUUAAAGUGGAAAGAACCAUGGCUACUUUUCCAGACUUGAAUUUGUAGAUCUGAAAAAUACUGUGUAUGAUAUGUGGGUGCUAAUCUGUGAAUGCUUGUAUUGCACAAUGUUUGAAUCACACUUAGUCUUUGAGCCGACAUGUCCAAAUGGUGUUAGAUAAGGUAUGUAUCAAAAGUCUUAAAAUCAUGUUCAUGUUUCCAGACACAUAUCACAUUUGUUACUUAUUAUAUGUAUUAUUAUUUUUAAAUUUUAUACUGCCAUAAUAUGUUUUUAUUGCUUUUAUUAUUUUGUUUCUAUUUCUGUGCCACAAACUAAAUUGGAAUUUCUUAAAGAAAAAUAUAUAUUAUAUACAGUAUAUAUUAUAUAUUCAUGGAGCUGCAGCAUUUCAACCAAGUAACCUGCUUUUAGAAAUAAAUUAGACUAUGCUAAAAAAGAGAAAAGAUUAGAUUAUCACAUGGGUUGUAUAUGGCAUGUCCAGUUGUUAAUUAAACUCAUAUUACAUAAAUUAAACUGGAAAAUAUGGGAUGAAAUAUGUGCCACCAGAAACUGAAUUUGAACCAUUUAUAUUUGAAUUUGAAUGGCUAAACUUGAAUAAUUGCAUUGAAAAA